AGCCAUACUUGUUGUCGGUGUUUGUUGUUGUGUGCUUGUGUUUGGUUCGGUUCCGGUUGAUCGGUGAUGGGGGGAAGAACCUGCUGCGUUAAAAACUGCCGCCGCAGGUCUCACGACCACCGCGGGAGGAAGAUCCCGAACGGACUGACCUUCCACUGCUUCCCCGCCUGGAGGAGGAAUGAAGGCGGACAGAUAUCAGCGCUCACCCGGCGGCGGAGGAAGGCCUGGGUGUCCGCCGUGGGCCGGAACAACAUCACCUUCAACCACAUCCCCAAAUCCAUGAGAGUGUGUUCAAGACACUUUAUCUCAGGUAAACCAGCGUACGAGAUGCUGGAGGCGGAUCCAGACUGGCUGCCGUCGCUGCACCUGGGUCACGGCGAGGGCGGCGGAGGCAGGAGAGCGGAGCGCCUCCCCCUCGCUCUGCAGGCGACGAAGGAACACGAGAAGAAACGUUUAGAUGCUGAGAACGACGCUCCGACACUCGCAGCUGUGCGGAGGCCCGUCGUCCCGCCGUGGACCGACGUCAAAUCUCUGCUGCAGUCGGUUCUGCCGAAAAAACCCGACGUGAGCGUCGAGCCGAGAGACGAGACGCCACUUCCUGCUGCUGUGAAGACGGACGUCAGCUUCAGAGACUUCUUCAGAGAGGCUCUGGAAGCGUCUCUGGACGCCUGCAGCAGGUCCAGGACCGGUUCCAGCAGACCUCCUUAUGAAGUGGAGCUGAGCAUCCAGCUUCCUCCUGUGAAGGAUGAGAAGACCUGUGAAGAGUCUUCAUCCUGUCUGAACUGUGUCAGACUGCAGACGAGGGUGCAGCAGCUGGAGGAGAGACUGUCUGCUCUCUCAGGACCACCGGAGGACACCGACGGUCCAGCUGUCCUCAGUGAGCCCCCGACCCAGCAGAACCAGGUCCUGCACAGUCCUGAGCAAACACGGCUGCAGCCCAUCUCGCCUCCUCCGCUGCUUCAGGGAGGUCGUCAGGACGCCGACUCGGUCGCCGGCUGUCGGGAUGACUCGGCGAAGCAGACUCCUCGGUCCGGCCAGUGUGUUACUCGCUUCCAGAAGGCCUGGCUGAAGACGUUCUGGUUCCUGCGAUAUUCUCCCACCCAGAACCUGAUGUGGUGUCACGUGUGCCGCCUCCACGCCGACAAAGCCCACCACAACCUGUCUCUGAUCAAAGGCUCCCGCAUGUUCAAGGUCUACAACAUCAAGAAGCACAGCUGCAGCAACUACCACAGAGACAGCGUGGAGCGCCACAUGCUGCAGCGCUGACCGGUGCUGCAUCGGUCUCAGCUGUUUAAAACUUCUUCUUCACUGUUUUCAGAUGUUUUUGUGACCAAUUUUUGAAAUUUUAUGUUCCGGUGUAGUUUUGUGAAAGUUUAGGAAUAAAACACACCAGAGACUGAAUAAACUGAAACAAAGACUCUGUAAUGACGUACAGACCCUCCUGCUCUCUACCUGCAGAGAACACUCUCCUGGAUCAUGUGAUCAUGUGAUCAUGUGACCAUCAUAAAUGUUUAUAUUCUGA